AUGGUUGAUUCUCUCAAAGGACUGCCGACUUCACCGCCAUCAAUAUAUAUCGACCUCGAAGGGGUCAAGCUUUGUCGACACGGCACCAUCUCGAUCCUACAGAUGUACAUUCAUCCUUUGGACCGAGUGUACUUGGUCGACGUUCUCGUCCUGGGAGAUGAAUCCUUCUCGACAUGUGGGGAAAGCGGCCUUUCUUUCAAGAAUAUUCUUGAGUCACGAGAAAUUCCCAAAGUAUUUUUCGAUGUUCGCAACGACUCGGAUGCGCUACAUCACCACUUCCAAAUCAAACUAGCUGGCAUUCUUGACCUUCAGCUCAUGGAGCUCGCUACACGGAACACACCUCGCAGAUUUGUUUCUGGACUCGCAAAGUGCAUCGAAAGAGACGCGCCCCUCUCUUACUCUGAGCGGCGCAACUGGAUGCGUAUCAAAGAUCAAGGAAAUCGGCUUUUCAAGCCUGAGGAUGGCGGCAGCUAUGAAGUGUUCAUCGAACGCCCCCUGCAAAGGGACAUUAGCCUCUACUGUGCCCAAGAUGUCCAGAUUCUGCCUCGCUUGUGGGAACACUAUGGCAAGAAGAUUACGGUUUCUUGGAUGCAGAAAGUGAUUAGGGUUUCGGAGAAGAGAGUGGAGGAGUCUCAGUCGCCGGGUUACACUCCAAACGGACGUCACAAGGCAUUGGCCCCUACUUGUUGGUAUUAA